AUGGCAGACAAAGCGGUUGGGAAUUCUGAAGGAGACUGUGGAGGGCCCAGAUUUACAGGCAAACCAAGAAUGAACUUUAUCCUGAAGCACUAUGGGGAAAAAAGGAGUAUGGGAAUUGAGGAUGAACCACUAAGGAGUAGUAAUCUAGUAAUCUCUACACCUAACGUGCGGCUUGAACUCAAGGACCUGAAGAUCAAGAAUCACAUGCUCUUGAGACUGAGCCAGCCAGGAAGGUCCAAAUCUACAUCAAGUUCACACUUUUCCGUCUCUGUGGUGUUCUGGGGAAGAGUAAGUGGUGUGUCAUCCGGCAAUGAGGUGAAGCCAUGCAGACGUGAUGGCACCAUCUUUCAACAGACGACAAACUCCUGGAAGGCAAGAGCCUUCAAUUCUGAUUCAAUAGGUCUGGGCUGGGAGCUGGGAUUCUUUGCUACCAAGAUCCCAGGUUAUGCUGAUUCUGCUGGUCCAAAGGCCAAACUGAUGAACAAGGGAGAUCACUGGCAUGGAUGCCGGAGACCAAACAUAGUUAGACCUCUAAAGAGAAAGCGGGCCUCAGAAUUCUUGCACGGGGAGUUGCGCGCGGGAAGCCACGUAGGGCAGAGAAGCCAGGAGGGCCCGGCGAUGGUGGUGGGCCUCCCGGGGCCUGGGGCAGCAGAGGGGGCCGCCGAGGAGCGCCGCGUCAAGGCCUCCAGCCUGCCCUUCAGCGUGGAGGCGCCCAGGUCGGACAAGAAGCCGCCCAAAGAGGCGUCCCCACUGCCAGCCCCAAGCGCCUCCGCCAGGGCCACCCUGCGGCCACGGCUACUGCCUGGACACGGCGCCCGAGAAGCUCACAGCCCCGGGCCGCCGGUCGAGCCCUUCGAGACCGUCUCGGUCAAGUCGGAAAACUCCGAAGACGGAGCCGCUUGGAUGCAGGAAGCCAGCAGACACUCGCCGCCGCCAGGACACAUGAGCCCCACCGCCUGCACCCUGCCGAAGCACGAGACCAGUCGGAAGCCCAGGACGCCCUUCACCACGUCCCAGCUCCUGGCUCUGGAGCGCAAGUCCCGCCAGAAACAGCACCUCUCCAUUGCAGAGCGUGCAGAGUUCUCCAGCUCUCCGAACCUCACACAGACCCAGGUCAAAAUCUGGUUCCAGAACCGAAGGGCCGAGGGUUAAAGACUGCAGGAGGCAGAACUAGAAAAGCUGAAAAUGGCUGCAAAACCUAUGCUGCCCUCUGGCUUCAGCCUCCCUUUCCCCAUCAACUCGCCCCUGCAAGCAGCAUCCAUAUAUGGAGCCUCCUACCCUUUCCAUAGACCUGUGCUCCCCAUCCCGCCCGUCGGACUCUAUGCGACGCCAGUGGGAUAUGGCAUGUACCAUCUAUCCUAA